AUGCAUGCUUUCAAGUCGUACCUCACGCCUGCCCGGGCGGCAGGCUCCGAGUCCAACAAAUCCACAAGACAAUCGAAGCCAACUCCGUCAACACCACAGCACCGACAACAGUCUUCGGGUAACACCCUCCCUAUGCCGUCGAACGCGACGCAGUCAUCCGAGAAGCCGGGGCCGUACCGAAGCCAGAGCACCAGGACAUCCGCCAGGCAGUCCACCGUGAGCUUGGCUCUCACUGCUGGCAUGAGGGACAAGCAUGCGAGUAGCAUUCUCGAUCUCAGAGCUGACGUAACGGUGCACGGCAUGUACCAGGAACAGCUGAGAAAGGGUUAUGCAUCGGCAUGGAAUUUGGGUGAGGGUAUUGUUCUCAAGAAGGGCCGCAAUGACUUCGUCUGCGCCCCUCCUCAGAUGCAGACUGUUCCGUAUGGAUUCUUUGAUAUGGUCGGCCAGCUCAACGUCAGCUGUGCCAUGACAGUGAACACUCCGGUUAUCCAGUCCAUCAUCCAAGGUCUUCUCAACAGCAGGGAGCCUAAGGACUCCGUAGCCCUGGAGGGAGGGUUGCAACUGCAGGUCCUUCCGAGGAUGACCGACUUGCCCAGAUGCCAAAAGCAUCAGUAUGCGGCUUUCGUCCUCGACCCACCUUUGCUGGUUGUAUGGGACGAUGAUGCCAACAGGAUCUUCUCUAGACCAGAGAGUAUCGAGAAGAUGAUCAUUUCCAUGAUUUGGAAGACCGAUGACGGCGAGGAAGAAGAUGAGCCAAAGAACGAGAAAGCAGUCGACAUCAACAUUCAAGAAUUAUCACCCGCCGCUCUUGAGGAGGCACUCAAAGCCGAGGUUCGGCCUUCCAGGAUUACAAGCUCUAUGGUAGUCGCUCUUGCACUGGCUCUCUCGAUUACUUGCUUGGGUCUUGGUUACCGAGCUCUCGCCUUGCAGAUUACGGUCGAUAACAGCUAUACUCGCUUGGCUCUGCUUGCUGUCGGACCAGUCACGCUCUUCAUCUCCCUGUUCUUCUUCAUGUCAAUAUCUGGAAACGUCUUCCAGGUAUUUGGCCCUAUCUCUGGUGUCAACCAGAACUCCAAGAACUUCUCCGGCAAACCCCCUCGCCGAAUGAGUCCUCACUCAGGCGAGCUACCCCAUGUCACAAUCCAGAUGCCUGUUUACAAGGAGGGCCUUAACGCCGUUAUCAAGCCUACGGUCAUUUCUCUCAAGGCUGCUAUCUCGACGUACGAGAUGCAGGGUGGCACCGCAAACAUUUUGGUCAACGAUGACGGUAUGCAGCUCAUCGACGAAGAGGAGGCUCAGGCUCGCAGAGAUUUCUAUGAGGAGCACAAUAUGGGAUGGGUCUCCCGUCCUGGUCACAACCCCAACCCUGAGAACCCCGGCGAGGCUCCUUUCCUCCGCAAGGGUCGUUUCAAGAAGGCCUCCAACAUGAACUACGCGCUCAUGACAAGCAUCAAAGUGGAGGAGAAACUCAUGGAGAUUGAGCGCGGAAACAAGUGGGGCCAAGAGAGUGAGGACCAAGUCUACGCCGAGGCUCUCACCCAAGUCCUCGAGGAGUCUGAGGGUCGCACAUGGGCCGAUGGCAAUAUUCGAAUCGGUGACUACAUUCUGCUUAUCGACUCCGAUACGCGUGUCCCACGAGACUGCCUGCUUGACGCCGUCAGCGAGAUGGACGCGUCCCCCGAGGUCGCCAUCAUCCAGUACACCUCCGGAGUCAUGAACGUUUCGGACUCCUUCUUCGAGCAGGCUGUCACCUGGUUCACGGAAAUGAUUUACACCUCGAUCACAUUCGCCGUCGCCAAUGGUGACAUCUCGCCUUUCGUUGGCCACAACGCUGUCCUGCGCUGGUCUGCUCUCCAGGAUGCCGCCUCGUACUUCGACGAGGAAGAUGGAUACGAGAAGUUCUGGUCCGAAUCGCACGUGUCUGAGGAUUUUGACAUGGCAUUGCGUCUCCAGACAGCCGGAUACUCUAUCCGGUACGGUGCCUAUACUGGGGAUGGUUUUAAGGAGGGUGUGUCCCUGACUGUCUACGACGAGUUGGCCCGUUGGGAAAAGUAUGCGUACGGCUGCAACGAACUGCUAUUUCAUCCUCUGCGAUUCUGGAUCAUCCGCGGCCCCUUCACUCCCCUCUUCAAGAAGUUCAUCUUCUCCAACAUUGCUUUCCCCCGGAAGAUGACUAUUCUGGCUUACAUCGGCACUUACUACGCCAUCGGAGCCUCAUGGCCUCUGACCGUUCUGAACUAUUUUGUAACGGGAUGGUAUUGGGGACACUAUGACAAGUACUAUCUUGAUUCAUUCGCUACCUACGUAUCGAUCAUUGUCGUUUUCCCCCUUGUUGGCAAUCUCUCCCUGGCUAUACUUCGCUACAGACUAGGCGAGAGAUCUCUUCUAUCAGCUUUGUGGGAAAACUUCAAGUGGAUGCCCAUUUUCACGAUCUUCCUUGGCGGUAUCUCUCUCCACGUCUCCAAGGCACUGCUUUGUCAUUUCUUCGAGAUCGACAUCCAAUGGGGUGCGACAUCGAAGGAGGUGGAGAACUGCAACUUUCUCGAGGAGAUUCCGAAAAUCAUCAAGAGUUUUGUGGGUACCUUCGUGUUCUGCUUUGGCGCCACGGCACUGAUCAUAUGCGGCUACUACGUUUUCCCACAGGAGUGGCAGAUCAAAACCUUUGCGACCAUUUACCCGUUGUGCGUCACCAUCUUUUCGCACUUCGCUUUGCCGGUCCUCCUCAACCCAGCGCUGAUGAAGUUCACUUUCUAA